UCGUAGCAUGGUGGCAGGUGAAAUUGUAUGUGUAUGCUUUAUCCCAAUUGGCGCAAAAGCGUAGGCAGAAAGUGGAUGCUACAUCUAUAAACUAUUGCGAGUGUUAGUUUAAUACAAAUUAAAGGCUCCAAUGUGAUGUUAUUGAGCCAUACCAGUGCGGAAAGGAGAAAAAAUAAUGGACUUUGUGGGGCGUAAAAGUUGAAUGUAUCAAUACCAUUUCAAGACAAGGACGCGGGAUAACAUUUCAAUAGCCUGCCUUGUAUAGAUUACGCACACACAUUUAUUCGUUAUUUUCUGAUCGUUAAAGUGCACCAGCAACAAGAAUCCCUCUCAUCCGGCAAGAUUUCGUCCAGAAGCAGACUGGAAGACCGUCCACUUCGGAGGUUGGCCGGUAGGACGCGGAUGAUCGCCACAGGUGUUUGUGGAGUAGUCAUGGUGCUAGUGUUGGUUAUCCUGAUUCCGGUGCUGGUCAACUCCGCCGGCAUAUCCGCGCGCUACGAAAUGCUCGGAUCCUGUCAGAUGGUGUGUGAUCCCCACGGGACCAAGUCCACGGCCACGGCCACGGACAAAGCCAAUACCAUCAGAGACAGCCGCUUGGUCCAGUCUCUACCAACCUUAAUCCAAGGUCCAAAAGGGGAGCCCGGACGCACAGGAAGAAUUGGCCCUAGGGGUCCUCUUGGCGAGCCAGGACCACCCGGACCUGCCGGCCCGCCUGGGGAGAGAGGAGGGCCCGGUCCGCCAGGACUACCCGGAACGCCCGGAGCCACAGGUGCCAUAAACGCAGCCACAUACAACACGUUUCCAAAGAUAGCUUUCUACGCCGGGCUGAAAAAACAACAUGAGGGCUACGAAGUACUGAAAUUUGACGACGUAGUCACCAACCUUGGCAACCACUACGACCCUACGACGGGGAAAUUCACCUGCUCUAUACCGGGCAUCUACUUCUUCGUUUACCAUGUGCUGAUGCGAGGCGGGGAUGGCACCAGUAUGUGGGCUGAUCUUUGUAAGAACAACCAGGUGCGAGCGAGCGCUAUCGCCCAAGACGCCGAUCAGAACUACGAUUAUGCCAGCAACAGUGUUGUCCUGCAUCUCGAACCCGGCGAUGAGAUCUACAUCAAGCUGGACGGGGGCAAGGCGCACGGGGGCAACAACAACAAGUACAGCACCUUCUCCGGAUUCAUUGUCUACGCCGAUUAACAGAACACCAUAUAUUCUACAUUAGGCUCUUCACUGCACCUUCAUCUGCUAUUAUUCUCUCCUUUGGAUUGGCUACACCGCUGUCGUUUAGAAGACAUGUGGUUACAGAGAGACAGGGGGAUCUUGACGCAGAAGUGAACAUUAACACGCUUAAAUAGACAUUUCCUUUCGUGCGUAAAACCCCAAAUUAUGCAAUGCCCAGUGAUGAACUUGCAAACGUGGAAACAUGGAAGGAGAUGAGUCAAAGUUGCAUGUGUAUAAGCCCAUAUUAUGUACAACAGGUUAAACAGGAAUGGUGUUAAUGCUUCAUUGCUUUUGCCAUUGGAUCAAUUCAUUCACGUUUCAAAUGGUCUUGUAACGCAUCUCAGUUCUAUGGAAUAGGAAAACAUAGGCAACGCAUAUAGGUGAUUAAAAAUGUACUGCAGGAAGUAAUGAUUGGUGUGUUUCUGUCUGCAUCUUCUUACUUUAGUUGGGUUACUUACUGCAGUGUUGUUCUGGCCAUUACUAGUGUUUUAUCAGACUACUGCAUGAGUGUAAAAUAGCUAUCAUGAUCAUAAUGUAUAUAUAUGCCUUCUGUCCAAUUCAAAAUUUUCCUGAAGAAUGAAUUAAGUGCUCAGUGCUUGACUAAGAUUGAUUAGGCAUACAGACAGUUUUUGAUAUGGAAACAGCUACAUUAUCUGGAAGAAAAAUAUGCCAUCAGAGAAAAUAAAUCAAACUAUUUUAAUGAUUUCUGCACAGUAUUCCUGUUCUACAAACAGCAACAAAUCAAAAAGUAAAUUAUAAUUUAAACAGAGCAUUGAAAAUAGAAAAACUAUUCUGUGGUCACAUUUUUCCUCUGAAUGUUCCAUUUGGUGAUGUAUCAGAACACAGGAGACUUUCCUACUGUACCUGCACUUCCUAACUUUUUUUAUCCUAUCACACACUGUCCUGAAGUGACAUAAUGGUUAUGUAUUGUCUGCUGUGAUGUCAUUGAUCAUGUGGUGAAGUCACUCUGUGAUGCCACCUGUUCCCAGAAGGAGAGACCAUGUCCUUCAGGAUGACCUACCGUCCAACCAGCUCCCUCCCAUAGCCACCCCACCAUGUGACAUCACAACAACUCAUCUAACAAGCUUUGAAUGCCCAGUAUAUUGAUUAAGAAAACUUUGAAAGAGUUAGCUCUGUCAGUGCCCUUUUGGUACCCUAGUCUCUAUUAGCAAUACAAAAAUAUCAAAAUGGGGAAUACAUAUUUAUUAAUGCUACUACUUAUCAAAGACUGUUUGUGAAAUGUCAUUACUACUGACAAAGCUGUUACUGCUUUCAAUAAAACUAAUCAGCACAAUAUUUACAAGUAAAGCACCAUGUGCAGACCAUGUCCUUGAGUUUGAUUGGACAGAAAUUGUGGCUUUGUCUUGUUAAAUUACAUUGGGCUUCUGUGUUGCUGCCGCAUUUACAUUUAGUCUUCCAUUUCUUUUCAAACUGAGAAUUUUGGAUGGAAAUUAGGCCUUUUGUGCGACUAAGGCUAUAGUAUUGAGGAUCACUCUACAAAGCAGAUGGUUUUGUUUUUUUGCUUACAGUAUUAAUGAUUAAUUACAAACAUUACUUGGAGCUUUGAUUCAGUCAUAGCUCUUAUGUGAAAUAAAUUGAAUCAUUUCCUCACUCAGCUGUCAGAAGGUUCAACAAUUCAAUUUUUUCCCAUGUUUACUUCUCCAUAAUACAUUUCAAUUCAGUACAUCACAGCGAAGUAGCAAGAAUAAAAAGUGUCAACUUCUGACGUCAA